AUGCGCUUCAUGUCGGCCACUUCCGCCAUGUUGGCCUCAGCCCCUGGCCUGGCUCUCGCUUCCGGAUCUCUGGGCUUCGCUCUCGGUUCGAAGCAGCCGGACGGGCAGUGCAAGUACCAGGCAGACUACGAAGCGGACUUCAGAGCCAUCCGCGAUGCAUCGGGAAGUGGCAUCGUGCGCAUCUAUGCCGCCGACCAAUGCAACACGGCUCAGUAUAUCCUUCCUGCAGCGAAGCAGGAGGAAUUCCAAGUGAUACUGGGCAUUUGGCCCGACACCGAAGCCUCGUACGCCGCCGACAAGGCCGCAAUCCUGAAGCACACCCCCGGCUACGAGGAUCAAGUCUACGCCAUCACUGUCGGCUCCGAGUCCAUGUACCGCGGCAACUUCACCGGCACCGAGCUGGCGGACAAGAUGAAGGACAUGAAGAAGGCGGCACCGCACUUCAAGAUCGGCACAGCGGACAGCUGGAACAAGUAUCAAGACGGCACGGCCGAUGCCGUCAUCAAGGACGCUGACAUUCUGCUCACCAACGCCUUUUCCUACUGGCAGGGUCAGACGCGCGACAACGCCACUGCAUGUUUCUUUGACUCUAUCAUGCAGGCGUUUGGACGCAUCCAGAGUGUUAGCGGAUCUACCAACCGGCCUGAGCUCUGGGUUGGCGAGACGGGUUGGCCCAGUGAAGGUGCAAAGUACCAGCAGGCUGUCCCGGGACAGGACAAUGCUCGAGCUUUCUACGACCAGGGUGUCUGUGGUAUGGUCAACUGGGGCUUCAACGUGUUCUUCUUCGAGGCCUUUGACGAGCCUUGGAAGCCGCAUGCCAUUGGUCUAGAUGGCAGCGAAGCACCCGAGACUCACUGGGGCGGGAUGGAGGCCGAUCGCGCUCCCAAGUACCCCCUCAGAUGUUGA